AAAGACUUACAAAUACUAUACUAUGAAAAGCAUUAAAUUGGAACGAAACUUUGUAAAUGAAAAAUUAAUUUCAAAAUACUUAAAAUGUAUAAUUUGUGAAGGUGUUUAUAAUGAACCAGUUAGAGUAAAAUGUGGGUAAUAUUUAUUUUAAUGAAGGCAUACUUUUUGUAAAAUAUGCAUUUCUUAAUGGAUAAAUGAUCAUUAAAAUUGUCCUGAAUGUAGAUCUAAUAUAAAAAAAAAGAAUUUCCAAAGUAAUAAAAAAAAAUACUUAAUUAUAGCAGAUCGUAUUGCAGCUGGAAUUUUAGGUGAAUUAGAUGUUUAUUGUUCAGAUAAAAAGUAUGGAUGCAAAUGGAAAGGUGUUUUAGAUAGAUUAGAAGUACAUUAAUAGAAAUGUACAGCUAAAAUCGUAGCAGAAUAGCCUAAUCUAUAAUUAAGUUAAAAUCAAGAUGUAGAUGAAGAAAAUGAACUUGCAUAAUAAAAUAAUCCCUCUAAUGAAAAUUCAAAAAAUAAUAAUUUAGAUAAAGAUGAUCCAUAUUCAGAUGGAAAUGCUUUAAGUUUAAAAAGAAAAAUAGAUUAAAGUGAAGAAGAUCUUCCUAAACAACAACGAAAAAGACAUAUUUAAUAAUAAAAUAAAUGA